AUGGACCUGGGGUACUUUCCCCUCGCCUUCCCGCCGGGGCUGUGCUGUGGGGCUCCGGAGCCUCCCUGCUCCCGGCGGGCGGACAGCACCUUCCUGGCGCUGGGCACCGCCGCCAGCGCCGCGUCCCCCCCGCCGCCGCCUGCCUGUGCAGGGGUAGCGGGGUACACGGCCGCCCCCCCCGCGGCGCCAGGCUCCGGCUACCGGCCGUCCCGCAGAGCCGGGCCGCCGAGCUACGCCACGUCCAUCUUCCCCGGGAGCGGCCGGUCGCCACCGCCUCCCGAGCCCGGCCCCUCCUGCCCCGGCGCUGUCCCCGCGCCCGGCUCCCCGGCCCCUGCGGCGGCCCCGGCAGCGCCCCGCACCUUCGAGUGGAUGCGAGCGAAGCGGAGCCCGCCCGGGAGAAGCGGCGUGGCGCCGUGCGGGGGGGACCCUCGCGCCUGCCCCGCACGCACCAGCUUCAGCACCCGGCAGCUCACGGAGCUGGAGAAGGAGUUUCACUUCAGCCGGUACCUGUCGAGGGCUCGCCGCCUCGAGGUGGCCCGCUCGCUGCGCCUCCGCGACGUCCAGGUGAAGGUCUGGUUCCAGAACCGCCGCAUGAAGCAGAAGAAGCGGGAGCGGGAGGCGCUGGCCGCCCCCACCGCCGCGCCCGCGGAUGCCCCAGGCGGCCCGGCGUGAGGCCCCACCGCUCCCCACGGAGGGGUCCGCCAGGGACGUCGGAGCUGGGCUGGGUGCUGCGGCCGGCGGAGCACCCGCGGUGUCCUUUGGGGCGGGAUCGCGGCGAUGCAGCUCCGCUGUGGUUGUUUAUAUUUUCUUUCUUUUUCUAUUGCAACUUAUUUACAGUUUUAUUUAUGCGGAUUCCGGGAAAGAUGCCAGCCCGGAACGCUGCUGCUUUAUUUCGGCCCGAGGGAGCGGGCUGGUGCAGCCAGGAGCUAACCGGGGCUGCCGGUCUGCCAGCUGCUCUGUGUCCGGGGGCUGCCCAAGCAACCGGCCCCUUCCUCGUUUUGCAUUUAAA